AUGGCCGACGCAGGUGGUCAUCACACGCCGAAUUAUCGACCGACUAAUGGAAGCCAUGGGACUACAGGACAGCCGCAGCCGCAGCCGCAGGUGCAGGAGAUGAAGCCUUUCACUUUGCAGCAAGCUUUGCCUUACUCACCGCAAACAUCCGUUAUCCCGUUUACCUCCGAUCUUAUCCCUGACCCCACAAUCGGCUGUGGCCUUCCCGCAUCAAACCUCACCGCCGUUUUCGCCGAUAACAAUGACUUCGAGACGCUCAACAAACAAGCCCUCAGUCAGGAGCCAGCAGCGAACAAGCAAUUAAGACAUGCCGCCGAUCACAUACUUCAGGAGCUGAGGCCAAAGCAACGUACUUUCUACAAAUUCAAGUCCAUCACAAAACCCAUGUUGCAUUCAGAUGGACUACAGUCGAAGAAAGAGAGCCUCUUCAAGGGCAUGUCACCUUUAUCCCGCGUUAUUCUCGACAAGGCCCCCACGUUCAUUAAACAGGCCCCUGCCGACAAUACUUCCUCGAGCCAGCUGAACGGCCUAGUCCCUCCCCAACAGCAACAUCCUCCUUCGUCUACGAAACUAGAGUCUCCAGAUAGGACGUCAGGUCCUACCAUCACCAAUGCCGACGCUCACCGACUGAACUUUGCUAGAAUCGAAGUGGCCAUUCCUUCCAAGUCGUUUGAUGCUUCCGCAUAUGUCGAGAUCCCCGACCAACCGGCACCCGAGCCAGUCGUAGCACCCAUAGCACCCGACCCAGCCAUGCACAUGCCGAGAUCUAGCAGCCAGCCCACCAUCGCCAUCGAGCUACCUCGUCCCACCAUCAACAAGGAGGAAUAUCUUGACGUUCCGGACGAACCGGAUGAACCCACAAACCUCUCGUCUCGAAAGGUGAAACAAGACAACUUGCAACGACAACAACGGGACGCCCUUGGCGCGAGCCUGGAUCAGCGACAGCGCGCUGAAGCGGCGCUUGUGAGUCUAAGCCGAAUCACCAAGGAAGUCUUUGAUGCCGUUGGACGGGUUCUGGGGGGUGAGCCCGGCUACGACCACGUCGCCACGCUCACGACCGAGGGGGAAAUCGCGGUUACGGCUGGUCAUUACCAGAAACUCCAGAGCGAGCUCCAGAAAGUCAUCAGCUUGCGAUCUUACAGCCAGGUUCCUCUCGACGUCAUUACUAGGAUUCAGAGGUUGAGCGAUGUUGGCAUAAAGUUCGCCCGCGAUCUAGACUUCAAGCUUGACGACAGCUGGGAGGAAUCGGACGUUGAGAACUGGUUGAAACAGCUCCCCGACAUCGAAACGGGGCUGAAGGCUGCUCGCACGUCCCUUCGGACCAUGUGUGGGGGCCGGGAAGAGAAGGAGCUCUACUCGGAGGAGUCUAUCCAGCACAGUAUCGACCUUUUCAAGAGUGUCAUGGAAGGCGUCGUCGUUCCUGUGGUCGAGAUGAGAGGUGGCGGGUCGACGGCAAACCUCUUCAAAAGUCUUCUCCCGCACAAGAAAGCCAUUGCUUCCGUUUUGACCAACUGUCAGAGACUUUUCGCUUUGCUGCUCGAACUCAUUCAGAACAUUCAGUUGUCCGAGAUUGCGUUCGGUUCGCUGGAGUUCACCGCGUCGAGCCUCAUCUUCGUUGACAACGCAUACUACGAGAGGGACUCGGUAGUGGGUGUCCAGAGAUUCGACGGUAUUCGUCUGGUGGCGAUGGACAUGCUCUGUCAGAUCUUCCUCAUGAAGCCGGCGCAACGGCAACACAUAUUCAACGACCUCCUCACUUCAUUGGAGAAGCUGCCCGUGGGGAAGCAAAGCGCUCGCCAGUUCAGACUUUCGGAAGGCGGCAGCAUCCAGCCCUUGUCUGCGUUGAUCAUGCGUCUCGUGCAUGCUAGCUCCGGCAAGGUGGACGGCCAGAAGCACCAUUCAGCCUUGCCCCGGGAGGAUGACGGUGACGGGCCCGAGAAAGCCGCGACGGGGCCCAUGUUCACCAUCAAGUCGGAGGAAGAGGCCGCCCUGCAGCAUGACACGGCCAUUCAAGAACUCGAAGAUGCCGCCAAACCGCUGGUGGGCGAAGCACACCAUAGCGCAUCCUUCGUUCUCAACUUUAUCGUUCGCCGUGCGCUCCAUUCCACCAAGUCCGGCGACACGCCAUACCGAAACCUGCUCGAUCUCUUCGUCGAGGACUUUACCACCUGCAUGGAUUCCCCGGAUUGGCCCGCUGCCGAGCUGCUUCUUCGGCAGCUCACCUUCUCCAUGAUGAAGAUCUGGGAGGACGGCAAGUCGGCCGCUCCGGCCAAGAAUAUGGCCCUCGAGCUUCUAGGUGUCAUGGCCGCCGCCAUCUCGAAACUGCGUUCCCACGUUAGGAGGGUGGCCGAAAGUAGAGAUGGCAGCGCUACGGACGAGCUCGGCUAUUUCCUCUCCGAGCUGGCCGUGGCGGCGCUCGAACAGAAGAACCGGGCCGAGCAUCUGGUUUCGUGGGCUGGGCCUUACCGCGCUUGUCUCGAAUACCUGGAGGAGCGCUGCACCGACGAUCCCCAUCUACGCGGUGCCAUGUCCCUUUUGGUCGCCGAAUGGGCGCAUCAGACGUACACCGGCUACCAUGGCCUCGAGGAGGACGAGGGACGAGAUCGGGAGUAUGGGCGGCUUGCUUACAGGCUCCGCAUGAUGAUCGACGACGGCAGGUGGUUAUCGAACGAAUACACUUUCAAAACGGUCCCGUCCAACCUGGCCAAGCUGUCGUACUGCAUCGUUCUCCUCCGGUCGCUCUUUUGCGAGCAUUUCGGCUCCAUGCUGAACGUCCUCUUGAGUGCCAUGGCGAGCGACCAGGCCACGGUUCGGAGCAAGAGCUUGAAGAGCAUCAAUCAGCUGUUAGAGACCGAUCCCGCCAUCCUCGACGGCGAUUCGGUUGUCGUGCAGCUCAUUCUCAAUUGUUCCAACGACUCGUCGCCCCAAGUCCGCGACUCGGCCAUUGGCUUGAUGGGCAAGUGUAUCCAACUGCGGCCCGGGCUGGAAAUGAGGAUGUUGGAGAAGAUCCUCGACAGGUUCAUCGACAGCGGCGUGGGUGUCCGGAAACGAGCGAUGAAGUUGGCGCGCGACAUCUAUCUGCGCAACCAGAGCAAAGAGGCGCGGGGUGCCAUCUCCAACAACCUGCUCCACCGCGUGCACGAUCCGGACGAGGGCGUCCGGGACCUGGCGCGGCAAAUGAUGGAGGAGGUCUGGUUUGCGCCCUUCUACCAUGCCGAGGACACGCCCGCUUUCAAGUCGUCUCUCACGGACCAUGUCGCCCUCAUGAUCCAGACCGUCAAGUCCGGUAACGUCAUGGCCGUCCUGGACAAGGUGCUGCAAGCCAUCCUCAGCUCGCCGAACAAGACGCAGAACGGUCCGUUCGGGGUCAGUGUCAAGCUGGUCGGGAAGAUGUUCGAGCUGAUCGACGUUCUCGACUCGGACGAUCCCUCCGUCCCGCACGGUCGAGAUGCGCUGCAUGUCCUGCAAAUCUUCGCCAAGGCGGACCCGAAACUGUUCAGCUUCGAGGAGAUCCGACUCCUCAAGCCGCAUCUGGCGAGCUUCAACAACCCCGACGAUCUGACGGUUUUCAAAGCGGUGGCGGUCAUAUACAGGCAGGUCCUGCCGCAGCUCUCCAGCAAGCACACCGAGUUCCUCAAGGAAGUCAGGGAGCAGCUCCAGAAAUCGAUCACCAAGGUGACGAAGCAUCUUCUCGACGACGUGGUGGCGUGCCUCUGGAUCAUUGCCGGUCUGCUGGACAGCCGCACCCCGCUGGCUCGCUUGGGCGGAUCCAGUCUGGCCGGUACGGUGAAGCUCCGCAAGCUCCCCACCAACGAGAAGAACGUCAAGACGUUUGCGCGAUACGCGGAGAUUGUGGGCAUGGUGGGCAAGCACUGCGACCUCGACUCGGAACUGGAGGUCUUCCGGGGGCCUACGUUUGCGAACCGGAAGGGCACGUCGGUCACGAAGCUCAUGGUGGACGAGCUGGCGCCCUGGGCUGAUCCCAGCCAGCCGCAAGAGGCCAGGAGGGCGGCGAUCGAGGCCAUCGGACAGAUUUGCCAGGCUCACCCGCGGAACUAUACCUUGCCCAACGUGUACACUCGGUUCGAGCAGGUGUUCUCCGAGAAGAUACCGGUCCUCGAAUCCGCCAUCUUGCGGUCUUUUAAAGAAUUUCUGCUGGCCGAAGAGCGGCGCUCGGAAGCGGCGAGUCAUCCGGCGGCGAACCACAGCGAGGAGGCGGGCAAGAGGCGUAACUUGACGGUCAUGGGAGGCACCAACUACGACGACGUGGCGAGCGGCACCACGCAGAGGUUUCUCAAGGAGAUCACACGGAUCGCCCUGUCGUCGCUGGACGACCACGCGUUGUUGGCGGUCGAGGUCCUGGGCAGUAUUAAUCGGCAGGGCCUCGUCCACCCCAAGGAAACCGGCACCGCCCUCAUCACGCUGGAGACGUGCCCGGUUGGGCGGAUCUCGGAGGUGGCCUACAUGGAGCACCGCUCGUUGCAUCAAAAGCACGAGACGGUCAUCGAACGCGAGUACGCGAAGGCCAUUCAGUGCGCAUUCAACUAUCAACGGGAUAUCGUGAAAGAUACGCGGGGCGCGACCACGCAUCCCACGUUCCAGCCCAAGCUGCACCUCCUGAUGGAAGUGCUCAAGAUCAGCAAGUCCAAGAACAGACAAAAGUUCCUGGGGAAGCUGGUCAACCAGGUGGAUUUCGAUCCGGUCAAACUGGAUGUGACGACGCAGGCCAUGCCGCCUCACAUGGGGUUUUCUCGCUUCGUCAUCGAGAACAUUGCGUUUUUCGAGUACGUCACGGUGGGAGAAGUGCUCGCGACGGUGAACGCGAUGGAGAAGAUCGUCACGUCUACCGGGUCCAACCUGGCUCACGUUAUCGAAUCGGAGAUUUUCAAUGUCCGCAUGGACGUUGACCAGCCUAGUGAGACGACCCAACCGCCGCCGCCGCCGCCGCCGCCACAAGCGCUGCCACAGCCGCCACCGCCAGGCCAAGACGAGGAAAUGACGGACCUACUCGACCGCCUCGACGUCGACCCGCAGCGGCUCCGCCAAAUGACAGUGGGCGCCAUCAUCCUCCUCUGCCUAUGGGAAGCCCGGACGUAUCUCCGCCGCCUCUACGGCCUGGGCGCCAACCGCCGCGAGGCGAAGGGCAAGGCGGCGUCCAAGGACCUGAGCAAGUCGCCCGUCAAAGUAGCCGGCAUCACGGGCGACAAGUUCUGGGACGAGAUGGCGUCGCAUAUGGACGGGCUCGCGUCGAGGGAGUCGGUCAUGGCGCAGUGCCGGGCGUUCGUGGAGAUGAUGAACGUGGACAAGGAGUUUCGCGUCGCCGACGAAGAAGAAGAGGAAGACGACGGCGGCGGCGAGGGACCCGGCGCCUUGAGCGGGGGCGAGGGGGGGGACGGACACCAACGCGACGAGGGCGGGCGCGGCCGGAAGCGCAAGGCGGGCGGGGCGGUGGCUGGUGGGAGGAAGAAACGGGCGAGGUCUGCGUCGCGGCCGCGACCGCGCGGUCGGCCUAGAAAGAAUCCGCUGCCGGUGGAGGACGAUGAUGCCGAGGGGGAUAUGGACUCGGAUGAUCCGGAUUGGGUUUGA